CCAUAACGUGGCCGAGGUCCUUGACCUUCGAGUCCGGGGUCAGGACGCACUCGCGCUCGAGGCGGGCGAGCAUGGCGAGCAUGGCGAGGAAGAGUUUGCCGAUGAGGCGGGCGGUGUGGCUGCAGAGCUCGCCGUCGUCGGCCCUGUGACGGGUUUAUUCUCGUCAACGAGCCGGCCUCGAUGCAGAUUGCCUGACAGGGGAGGCCGUGGAGGGGAGAAUCACUUACAUGGCGAAGUCACCGCCGGAGAGGUACCAGAUGAACGGCACCAUGGCCUCGCAGAUCAACCACUGCUCCCUCCAGUUGUCCUUGGCCUCCUCGAAGUCGAGGACGAGGUUCUGGAUGACAUGCAAGACUCUACACGUAAAGGCCAAAGUUAUCGGGAUCGCGAAUCUCGCAGUGAAUCUGCUGGGUUAUGAGCUUGCGGUAGCCGGCAUUCGUCAUGAAGAAGGGCGCGUCGGGGUGCUCUUCCGCAGGCUUCGUGCAGAGGCAGGUUUCGUCGCCGUCACACCUAGGCUGUUGAUUGCCUUCGUCGUCUUCAUCAUCCCCAUAUUCAUCUUCAUCAUCGUCGUCAAGAUCUCCUCCGGGUUUGGCCCCAAAGGGACAUCUGCAGGUGUAUGCAUAGGCGUCAAUGUCUUCCAAGGCCUUCUUAUAGUCAUUAAGCUCCUCUUCAAAUCAACUUUCUGGGAUGGUUAAUUCAUAUAGUCACUGCCGAAACUCAAAUGACAGCAAUGAGCUCGUUCAUUGCUGUUUCUCGACGCGCUCUGAACGCGUGUCGAGCUUCCCUG